UUCAGGAUCGACGCUGAGAUAGAACGACCCAUCGGAGGCGUUCGGAGUCGGAGCUGUUCGCAUAACGCAGCCGUCUGGCCCGUCAAAACCGUGGUGCACAGCUUGUGCGCGGAGUGAAGGUGGAGAGGGCAAGUGUCGUGGGCAACAGGGGAAGUGAAAGAAGAAAGCGGAAAACAGUGAACCCGUUAGCCAGCCAGUGCAAAGUGUACAGUUCAGGUGCGUGAAAGUCCCCUUCCCAGAGUGUGCUCUGUUAGUGGUUUGGGUUUGGUGCAAGGUGGGAGGUGUUUCAGGAGCUGCCUAUAGAACUCCAGUCCUAGCGUGGGCUAAAAAAACCCCCCCGUUCCGACCGCUCCUUUCCAGCACCGUCUUCGUCAGCAUCGUCAGCCAGAGGUUACACCGAUAAGCGAGAACUAAAUCGAAGGAUCCCUAUUCACUCACUGAAGGCAGCAAGGCUGAAAUAAAGCAUCAAACGGAAAUGUCUCCCAACCAUAUCAUAGGACGUAGGGAACGUUGGAUAUGAGUCUUCAAAAUGGUCACAUCCUCAUAGCAACGGCAAAGCAGCACUCAAUCAACAUCAUCUAACUGAGCAUGGAACAACAUCUCAACCAAUCGAAGCCAUGCGAAAACUAAACAAACUGUGUUGAACUUUAAACCAAUAGCCAAUGUGACUCAGUGGAAGAAGAUAAACCGAUUCUAAAAUUAUUAAAUCCAGCCACACCGAUCCGGUUGUCCGUACCACAUGACAAAGUGAAGCGCACAGAGAAAGCCCUUGGGAAGUUUUAACCAAUCUCGUUCGCUUUCCAAGACGCAGUAUCGCUCGCAACCAGCUCAGUAAAGCGGAAGUGGAACCGGAACCUUCGCUGCUGCGGUCACCUCGUUUAAGGUCAAUGAAAAGAUGGCUACCCCACCGGACAGUCCGAUCGAGGAGGUGGUGUACGAGCUAGAGCCUGCCCGGGCACCGAAACCGAUUCCGGUCGCGCUCGAGGAUCUCUGCCGGCUGACCAAGUUCACCCGCCAGGAGAUACGGGUCAUGUACAGAGGCUUCAAAACGGAAUGCCCGGACGGGGUUGUGCACGAGGACAGCUUCAAGGAUAUCUAUGCGAAAUUUUUCCCCCACGGUAAUUCUAGCCUUUACGCACACUACGUGUUCAAAGCGUUCGAUGUCAACUGCAACGGAUCCAUUACCUUCCGGGAUCUUCUAGUGACUCUAUCCACGCUACUGCGUGGUUCCGUUUACGAGCGAUUGCGGUGGACCUUCCGAUUAUACGACAUCAACGGGGACGGCUGCAUUAGCCGUGGCGAGCUAGGAGAAAUUGUAUUGGCCGUGCAUGAGCUGAUGGGUCGCCGUCCCCAUCAACCAGAAGACGACCGGAAAGCCCGGGAACAGGUCGACCAAGUGUUUGCAAAGCUAGACUUAAACCAGGACGGCAUCAUCACGAUCGAGGAGUUCCUGGAGGCUUGCCUGAAGGAUGACGUCGUCACCAAGUCGCUGCAAAUGUUUGACUGUCUUUGAUGACCGUCGACCGAAAGCGUCUACGCAGGCUUGCGCAAACCAGAUCUCGAACGAUUCGCGUUAAUCCAUCUCUAAGGCAGGCAAGAGGACCUGAUCUAAGGGGUCGCGUGCUCGAUACGCAGCGCGCGAAACGAUGGAUCAGUGCCCUCGGAACAUUAGUGCAGUUGUCUGGAUGGAUCGGCUGCACUUGGAGCAUGUUAAUGGUUAAGUUUUACUACAACACCCUUGGCUGGGUGGGGAAGGAAAGGAACCUCACCAAUAACCAAACUAGCCCCAAAAUCACCAGUUAGAGAUUCUGGUCAGAUCUUCUGGCCUGGUAUCGUCCCGUUGCGGUAUGGUAUGCGCAUCUGUGUAGAGCGAGUUUAAAUAAUCCAUUUCUUCCAAUGCUUGCAUUCGAUUCGAUUCGAAGUGUCCCCGCUCUCCCUCCCGCUCACUCAAGCCCGGGGGAGACGAUCGUUGGCGACCCGUCCAUUUGCAUUCCGGACGGUUUGUUUGGCACCGUAGUGCUCCGGUCCAUAUCACACGUUCCAGUACACACCUACGAAAGCAAUAACGUUAUGUUGAUAAGACACUAACAUAAAAAAAGAGUUCAAGAAGAGAAAGAAGGCAAAUAAUGAAACCGUGACCGUGCCGAGUCGCAGUUGGUGGUGAUCGGACAAGAUGUUUUAAACAUGUUUUUGUUUGAAGUGCUCGUUUGUAUUUAGAAAUCGAUUUGAGUUUAUUAGCUCUUUGGUACCGAUGGAAGGAACUAGCGAUAACGUAGCACAGCGUUACCCGAUGGUCCCGAGAGCGUUACAAUAAUAACGGUAGGUAUUGAGAUUAGUAGAGCAGCAGCAGACGAGCUACAUUCGUUCAUAGUCUCUAGGAAGACUUAGGGCCGCUUUGAGCAUAGUGCACAGUGUUGGAAUAAUCAAAGCAACAUACCCUGUUUAGCAGUAGCUGUUGCUGUAUACCCAGCGUAGUGUGUUGAUAGACAAAUUGCAGACAAAUGCAGGACAAACAGAUACUGACUUCAUCCAGUUCAUGGUGUAAAGAUACAGAGAACAGCUUAGUUGACAAUAGACAAUCGUUUACAGGUAGUGUUGAGUGAGUAGGAAGCCAUCAGAAUCAUUGUUUGGAGGGGUAGACGUGCGGCUUCCUGCAUUCCUUUUUUUCAAUUCAUAGGCAGCUAACAUCAUUCAACGCAUCUGUUAUUGUUUCGUUUCCACAUGCUGCAAAUCAUACUAGCCAUGUACAGUGCUUCACCAUACGCCCACAUUUGACACUUCCGGUGCAACACCGAUCGAACGAACAAAUAUGAUCAGUAUUAACAAAUUAACCCUAUGGUUUUGCUGUGUGGUCUCAUGUGUGCUAAAGAAUUGAUAUUGAACGAGAUUCUGCCCUGAAGGGGUAGGUGAAAUUUCCACAGCAAACGCCACCCAAAAACAAUUUAACAAAACAAGCAGCAGCAGCAACAUUGUAAGAUAGGAAACUAACACAUAACACCAAAAAAACUACCAAUAAGUCAACCCGUAGGGAUAACCGAAGCCAGUAUGCAAGUAGUAGAUUAGCGCAGAACUAAUGGGUUGGGGAUCGGAAUGGGAGGGCAGACGUGCAGGAAAUGUGGCAAAAACGAAUAGCCCAGCAUCACCGAUGCAAUGGGUGCACAACCGAGCAAUGAGGCUGACACGAGAGACAUUUUAAAUCAAAUAGUAAUUUUAAAAUCAAUUAGCUUAAGACGACGAUGCAGAGUGAACGCGUGCGCAUGGUAGCAUGAUGUACUUGUACGAAAGCGAACGAACGGGUCGUCGUCGUUUGAAGAAUCUCGUAUCCGUUAUUCAGUAUCUCUUCUAUGGGUGUUUCUUCUCGGUAUUGCGUGCGUGUGUGUGUGUUUGUGUGUGCGUGUGUGAGAGAGAGUCUAUUGCAAGGACUGGUAAUGUGCGAACGCAAUUGGAAGGGAUAGUUCAUUAGAAGCGCGAAAUGCAUGACAGUGUUCCUUAGUGUAGCUAAUACUAAACACUUUACUAAGCACUAUAUAGGAUGUAUAACAGAAUAGCGUUGUGUGCGCUUCUAUAGCAUACGAACGCGUUCAGCUACUAGACAAAAACAGGGCUUAACUAGACGCAACGCAAGCUCUAGUGCAUCGUAGGACUUUUACAUAAAGUGUCAGAGCUAACUACAUACACUAGCGGCGUGAUCGUAUCUGAAAAUGAAAAUGCAGGAAUAUGGUAUCGCAAAUGCAAACAAACAAAACCUGCGAACUGUUUAUAACAUGCCGUUGAAGACAAUUUAACGACAUAAUAGCAAACCCGCACCCUUCACUCCCGGAUUGCUUGCUUCUACCGUGGAAACGGUGGAUAAAUACUUAACGUUACGAAACUUUAGAUACAUAGAGCUGCGCAUAAGUGUCUACAUUUUUAUGGAAACUAAAACCAGUAACAAAACACAAACUACCUUUCUUGCCAUCCCCUCACGCACAAGUACAUCACUAUGCAGUGUAAAUCAUUCAUAUCGUAAAGUAUCGUUUUUCCUACAUGUGUCUCAUCAUAAAAUAUGUAAGCCAUCAACAGAGCGCGAGAGAUUGCCGGCCAUUCUGUGACUCAUAUUGAUUGCCAGGCUUGAGACUGGCUUAAUGUGUGGCAGUUAACUAUGAUAGGAGACAUUUUUCAUACAGAUUGCAUACUUUAAGGCUGAUAGUUGGCAAACGUGACAAAACGCCUCAAUCUCUGCAUUAUGUGUAGCAAACCUAUCGUACCGUGCAAACGUUUGUUUUGGGAAUCUCCUUACAAGACAUAACAUCGUGCCAGGCAUCCAUUAAGCCCACCUUAAUUGCAUUUUUUCCCCUCGGGAAAGCAUCUACAAUCAAACUGGAAUUGUUAAAGCCGAUCACACGCGAUCGAUUGUACUACUCUGCCCCAUCCCGUACCACACACACCCACCCACACACACACACACAUAAGUUAGAAUCAAAAUCCUAUAUCGCAACCCAACACAAUCAAAACGAUCAUUUGAUCACUUCAGUUUCGAGAAGCCAUUUAGUAAGGGCGGGAAGCAGAUCGACGCCAGCAAUGCCUGUAUAAAACAAACACCUCAAAUGAGCUCUAUUUUUCUAGCGUAAACGUUUAAACUGUUAUACAUUGUACUGAAACCUGGGUGCUGGGUUGGGUGAGGAUGACGCGUUUUGCUUUGUUUCCUCUUCUCCACUCCGAAAGCAACGGAACACGAUUUCCUACCAAACGACCGACUUUUCAACCGAUGCUCCUCACAUACCAGAGCUCGAACGUACAUAAAUGCUACAAACGAGAAAUCAUUCUGUCAAUUAUCUGAGAUACACAGCAUCGAGGCUGCUCCAUUCAACGAUCGUCACGUAAUUUUACAUUUAAACUUGCUCACACUCAAUUCAUAGACACACACAUACACAUUGCAUACGGUUGUUUUUGCACCAUUUGUUAAAAAUUACACAUGAACAAACAAACACUCGUACAUGUAAUACGCAUUCGCGUUGCAGCGAUAUCGCGCUGCAUCAACACUGAACGCAAACAUAAGGAGGCAAAUAAAAAAAAGAAAUAAGUGCAGCAAACAAGUCUGACCGUUCAACAACAAACCCAAAUGUUGCUGUAAGACGAAUAAAAUCUGUUUUUAAAUGUACCUGUGUAUAAAGUUAGUGGUUUAAAGCAUGGCAGGGCGUGCGCUGGCGUCCGAUCGGGCGCAAACCGGCAUACAGGAAACCUUUGCGAUGGCCGGCGGCAGCAACAGCAAAGCAGAGCAAAAAGAGGAAGCGAAAGAAACGAAAAGGUACAGCAAAGAAAACAUUCUCUCCCACCAAAAGUAUUAGGCAACUAGCUGUCUACUCCCAUCACGGAAGCACGGAUCACCGAUCCCGGAUCCCGAUGGGGAGAGCGAGAGAGCGUGAGCCGAUAGUGAUGAACGAUUAACAGACGUCCGGAAAAGACGAACUUAUAUACAUAUAAAUUAACACACACAGAAAAAAUGAAGAUAUAUAUACAUCUAUACAUAGGCCGAGAAAUGACAACAAAACACUAGUAACGCGUUAAACAAUUUAACUAAUUGAUCGGUAGUGUAAUUAAGAUGCAAAUAUGAGAAUUAUAAAAAAAACUAACAACAUUGUUGAGAGCGAAGCUAGUCGAAAGCACCUACGAGUUUGUCAAGAUUGUAUGGUAAAAGGGGUGGCAGCGAGGAAGUGAAGAAUACAUUUACUGCAAAAUUAUCUCUCUAACACACACAGACAAACACACACCUCAUCGUCCAUCUUAAAACUGUUACAAACAUUCUUUGAAUUCCCAUACCUUCAUACCUUCAUGCGACUCUGUCCAGUUCGAAUUUCAACACACACACACACACACACAUCCAACGCACCGGAACUUUACUUUCUUCGCGGUUUACCAUCAUGGCAGCAGCAGCAUUUACUGUACAUUGUGAGCAAGGAAUCAUUCUAGCGCACCGCUGUUUAAAUAAAUGAAACUGGUUAUCAAUAAGUGUUUACGGCAAAUUUAAA